UUGGCCAACAGUGCCAUCGAUUGUAUUGCCAGCUCUAGAUCCAUCCGCAAUUUUGGAAAUAAAUAAAAUAAAUGUCAAAAUAGUGCUAAUGUUGCGUGAGUUCGUUUAGUUGGUUAACGCAAUGAUUUGUCGCUUGUGCUUGAACACAUUGGACGAGCAGAAUGCCGUGCUGCUGUUCACUGGCGCCGACAACGAGAGCAACAGCGACAACAAGCCAAUACCGGAAAACUAUUUGGUUCAAUUGAUAUCGACGCAUUUAUAUCUCUGUCUCUCGCGCGACGAUGCCAUUUCGACGUCCAUUUGCACGGAUUGUUGUGCACAACUGGAGAGUUUCCACAAUUUCUGGAAGCUGGUGGAGCACAAGCAGACAACGCUCUGCAGCCAGUUCUUAGAAAUUGACUGCGAUGUUAACUGGUCGGAGGAGGGCGAUGCGACGGCCAUCAUCGAUUAUGAGCAGUACCCUGACCCUGACCCGGACCCGGACCUUGACACGGAGGCGGUCGGCGAUGAUACUCCAACAGUUUACGAUGCUCUGGUCAAAGAGGAAACCGAAUUUCACGAAUCAUACCUUAAGGUCGAUCCCAAGGCAGCGGCAGCGCACAAAUUUCCCUGCAUGUUUUGCGAGAAAUCAUUCAAAAUGCGCCGCUAUCUCGAGGAGCAUGUGGCCACGCACACCGGCGACCGGCCCAUUGCGUGCGCCUACUGCAACAUGGCCUUCCGCUGUCGCUCCAACAUGUACACACACGUAAAGACCAAACACACGACACAGUGGCAAAAGGCGCGCGCCGAACGCGAAUCGGCCAAGAUCAACAGCAACAACAAUGUGCAAAUCCAAAGAACCAUCAAUGGUGACAACAACGACAAGCCCGUUGAUGCAUUAAUGCCUGUGCCGCCCAGCGAGCCGAAGACCAGCACACCACAGCCGACACUAAAGAUGAAUGCAGCAGCGGCGGCGGCGGCGUCGGCGUCGGCAGCACCUCCAGUUCCAGCUGCAGCGCCCGCACCGCCGUCUUUGCCUGCGCCCAACGUGCUGCCAUCGUCGCCCAACAUUGUCAGCAUCAAGUGUGAGCCCAUGGAGGCCAUCAAUUUAACGGUAUCCAAAACAUGUCCAACGCCCGCCAAACGGGUGACACGCUCCAGCCGCCGCAAGACGCAUUCGCCCAAAAAGGUGCAGCAUACGGCGCGCAGCGCCAGCGAAGACAGCAGCAACGAGGAAUUCGCCGAUGUUCACGAGAAGCGCUUCAAGAGCGAGCUACAGACGUGCAAGGAAAACGAGCUUCUGCUGGCCAACUAUAAUGCCGUGGCCGCUGUUGUGGCAGCUGCCACGCAACAGCAGCAGCAGCGCUUCUGUGCCACAAUCAUGCAGCAGCAUCAGGAGCAGCUGCUGACAGCCAUGGCUGCGGUCAGCACCAGCACCAGCUCGGCGGCGGCAGCAGCUGCUGCUGCUGCUGCUGUGGCAUUAGCCAGUCAAAGCAGCACACCGGCUGUGGCGCCUGCUACCGCGCCCGCUAACGUUUCGGCAUUGGCAACUCCGGCUGCUGAGCCCUACACAUGUAGCAUCUGUGGCCAGCAGCUGCGCAAUCAGCGCGCGCUCAAAAAUCACCUGCACAACAAGCACAAUACGGCAACGAACACGACCGCGAGCACAUCCGCGUCCAGUCCCAGCCUGGCACUGCCCAUGUGUGCAAACUGCGGCGAGCUGCCCGGCCAGAAUCAUCGCUGCCUGAGCAAAGCCAAGUACGCCUGCGACGUUUGCGGCAAGUCAUUCAAGAUGAAGCGCUAUCUGGAGGAACACUUUGCCACACACACUGGCGUCAAGCUGCACACCUGCGCCUUCUGUCCGACGGAGUUUCGGUCCAAGUCGAAUAUGUAUCAUCACACCAAGCGCAAGCACAAACUGGAAUGGGAACGUUCACGGGCCAGCCGCACUGCGGCCAAGUCAGCUGCCGCAGAGCAGCAGCCGGAACAGGAGCACGAGCAGCUCGACGACGGAGUAGUCACAAAUUCCUAAUGCGAGAUCAUCUAAAGCAGCCCCCAUAUAUAUAUACAUAUAAUCAAUAGUUACUGUUUAGUGUGUCUAGCCGUAUGUACUUAUGUACUUUAACAUAUUCCGGGCUGGCAUAGACUGUCUAUCCGCUGUUCCAUGCCAGCCCCGAUACUGUUUUGUAUAUAUAUAUAAAUUACUUUAUGUGCUCCUCCUCUUAUGCCUUACCAUCUAGAUGUAAAGCAAUGCUUAAUCUCUGCCGCUCCGCCUCCCCCUUAAUUUGUCAUGCGCCAUCCGUAUAUAUAGAUAUAUAUAUAUAUAUAUAUAUAUAAAACUGCAUACACAAGUAUACAUCAUACAAUUUGAUAGAUA